AAAAAAAACUUCAAAAGAAGAAGAAAGAUCGAAGAGUCGGUGUCCUCUCUCUUUCAGACGAACCCAAUUUCCAGUUCAGGGACGGCGGAGGGAAGUGAAACCAAAAGAUAUAAAAAAAAAAUGGCGACAGAAAAUGGCAAAAAGGCGAAUCUGUUGAAUCAUCUCUCCGUCGGACGCCUUACCGAUGAAUCUGUUUUUGAGGUUGUGAUGAGUCGUGGGUAUGUCCCAGACGUGAGUUUGAAUACUUUUAAAUUGGUUAUGGGCUAUAUCAUCAUAUUCAUAGCUUUGGUGGCUCAGUUUUACAAAAAUAAGUUCCCUGAGAAUCGCGAUUUCUUGGCCGCCUGCGUUAUAUUGUAUAUAGUCUUUAUUGGGAUCUUGCUGUUUAUUGUUUACAUGAAGGAGAAGAACACAAUUUUUUGCACCCAUCCUCCUGCAGGAUCCUUGAGCAGCACUGGAUUGGUAGUGUGUUCAAAAUUUCCCAGAUUCUCUCAUCUCUAUACUCUAACCAUAUCUAGUUCAGAACCCAAAUCAAUCUGCGCUAAUGAAUCAGUUCAACUUACCAAGAGUGUCACUCGCUGGUUUACCAAGGAUGGAGUUUUAGUUGAGGGGUUCUUCUGGAAAGAUGUCGAAGCACUGAUCGAUGAUUAUUCACGAGGACCGAAGAAGAGCAGCUGAUUUCUUCUGGGGGUCGAACUUUCAAUUUUCAUUUCUAGCACACUCAAUUAUAUUUUCCUUCAUUAGUAGUAUAGCCUUUACAAAGUUUGAAUACUGUCUCUCAACAUCUCUUUCUGUGUAGUUUUAGAACAGAAUCAAUUGACACAUGCUGUUUUGUUUU